AUGACUACUUGUAAACGUAUUGAAUUUGAAGACUUAAAAACCUCCGAACUUGGUCAAUGUAUAGACCUUGCUUCUGCUGCUCUUGGAUCUACUAUUGUUGCUGUGACGGACGAAUUCUUUGCUCCUGCUACCAACAUGAUUAACCCUGCUCCGCCUGUUCAUGCCCCUGGUCGCUUUGUUGAAACGGGUGCCUGGAUGGACGGUUGGGAAACCAAGAGACAUAACCCCAAUUAUGACUGGGCUAUUAUCAAACUCGGGUUUUCUGGUUCUUUCAAAGGAUUUGAUAUUGAUACCCACUACUUUACGGGUAAUCAAGCUCCUUUUGCUUCUGUUGAUGCCGCUGUAGUUCCUAUUGGUGCUGAUGCUCAAUCCGCCGAUAUUGAAUGGAAAGAAAUCUUGCCCAAGGUCGAAUUACCUCCUUCUCAACACAAUGUGUUUGUAUUGGAAAAAGAAACAGGAGUUUAUACGCAUCUUCGUCUGAAUAACAUUCCUGAUGGUGGUAUCGCUCGAUUCCGUGCCUAUGGUAAUAUAUCUCCUGUUUGGCCCGAGGAUAAAAAUGCUAUUGUGGAUCUCGCUUUCUGUGGUAAUGGAGGUCGUGCUGUUCAGGUGUCUAAUCAACAUUAUACACCUGGUUAUAACAUCUUGUUGCCUGGUCGCGGUCAAAACAUGGGUGAUGGUUGGGAAACCAAGCGUUCUCGUACACCUGGACAUACUGAUUUUGUCAUGAUUCGUUUAGGUGACCGUGGUCACCUUUUGAAAGCUGUGGUAGAUACAUCGCAUUACUGUGGCAAUUAUCCUAACAAGAUUAUUUUGGAAGCUACUUGCUCUGAUCAACAAGUGCCUGGCAAUGAUGCUGAAUGGACUAGGUUGAUCCAACCUUCUUCUGUGGGUCCUCAUGAUUUGUUCUAUUUUGAUCUGCCACAUACAGAUAAAAUCUUUACGCAUGCCAAGAUCAUUAUUGUACCUGACGGUGGUUUAAAGCGUCUUCGUCUUUAUGGUGUUCGCGAAGGUGGUCAAUUGCCAACACUUCCUAUUGAUAUUGGAGAUGCUGCUCAAUAA